UUCCACGUAAAGCCGAAGCGCUUUCCAAAUUUGUCUUCGCUUAUGUCGAUUGGGAAAUUUCAGACCUCUCGAAUUUUUUCUGGUUAGGAUUCAACGAUCCUUCGCCAACCAUCUGACUACCCUAAAAAUGUUGUCCUUGUUUUGUCAUAGAAGACGAGCUUUUCUCAUUCACAUUGAUUUGCCCAGAUUUCAAGUGUUUGUUAAUCUUCCAUUGCUUGGAUACCCACCAAGUGUUCGUUGAUAUUCCUCUUCGGCUGGGAAUCGCUUGAUUCCUUGGAUUAUCGUCUGAAUUUUGGGGAAAAAGCUAAUCAGACUCGAAUCUCGAUCUGGGUCUUGUCAGAAAAAAAAAAAGAUUUGGGGCAGUGAUGGUGGGUGGUGCUUUGUCGGUGGUUGGUUCAUCGGUGAUGGACUCAGCGACAAGUCCAUGUUCAUGUCUGGAUGCUCAUAAGACUGGUCAAAUUAGGAGCUCCAUGAAGAAGAAAAAUCUUGUUAGGGCAAGAAAUCUCGAACUAAGAGGCUCUUUUAUCGAUUCUAGCGUGGGAUUGAGGUUUUCGAAACGAAUAUCGGUUUUUUCUUCCAAUCGGAGAAGCUCGAGGAAGCAACAGAGCAAGAACAAGAGGCUUGUGGUUGUUAGUGAGCUUGCUGGCCAAUACGAAGACAGCUUUGAUGAUGUCAAAGCGCAAAUUCUCAAUUAUUUCACGUACAAAGCUGUGAGGACGGUUCUUAACCAGCUCUAUGAGAUGAACCCUCCUUCGUAUACGUGGUUUUAUAAUUUCCUUGUAGUGAACAAACCAACCGAAAUCGAUGGCAAGCGUUUCCUCCGCUCCCUAGGCAAGGAGAGGCAGGAGCUGGCAGAAAGAGUGAUGAUCACUCGUCUCCACUUAUACAGCAAGUGGAUCAAGAAAUGCGACCAUGGAAAGAUCUACCAGCAGAUAUCAGAUGAGAACUUGGAACUGAUGAGGGAACGGCUGAUGGAAACUGUGAUAUGGCCUUCAGAUGACACAAACACAGAGAAGAUCAAUUGAACAGUUUUGAAGCGUUUGGCAUUGUCGCUUCUGCUGUCCUUUUUUUUUGCUCUGCUCUUCAUUGUCAUCUCCUUCAUCUUCUUCUGAACUGCUAGGGUUUUGGUUUCUAGGGUAUGUAAUAGACACUUUGCUUCUUUGUCAAGGCACCCUUUCACACAUGCCAUCUUUUCUAUGCCCUUUUGCCCUCAA